AUGACAGAAACAAAAUUACAUCUUGCAGAUUGGCUAGAUGACCUGUGUGUCCGCUUUAUCAUAAACUUACCUCGCGAGGAGCUCGAAUCAGUGGAGCGUAUAUGCUUCCAGGUUGAAGAAGCACAAUGGUUUUACGAAGAUUUCAUCCGGCCCCUCGAUCCGGCCUUGCCUUCCCUAUCACUCAAGGCGUUUGCGAUGCGCAUAUUCCAGCACUGCCCGCUCAUGUCGGAAUGGUCUGAGUAUCAUCAUGCAACUGCGUUUUCAGAGUUUCUCGCUUACAAGACGCGUGUUCCCGUCCGUGGAGCUAUCUUAUUGAACGAAGCUAUGGAUAAAGUUGUGCUGGUCAAAGGCUGGAAGAAGAAUGCCAACUGGAGCUUUCCCCGCGGCAAAAUCAACAAAGAGGAAAAGGAUCUUGAUUGUGCUGUGCGAGAAGUUCUUGAAGAGACAGGCUAUGACUUGAAAGCCGCAGGUCUCGUCAAGGACGAGAAGCAUAUGAAACACAUUGAAAUCACCAUGCGUGAACAGCAUAUGAAACUGUAUGUCUUUCGAGGUGUUCCUAUGGAUACUGUAUUUGCUCCACAGACCAGAAAGGAGAUUAGUAAGAUUGAAUGGGUCAAUUUGACCGAUCUGCCUACUGUCAAGAAAAACAAGCAGGCGCAGAACGAUGCUGUCAAUGCGAACAAAUUUUACAUGGUCGCACCAUUCCUGAAUCCACUGAAGAAGUGGAUUUCUCAGCAGCGAAAAAUCGAUGCUAAGAAUAAUGCCCUGCUCUUGUCUACGGCGUAUACCGAGGGCGAAACAUCGAUGGAUGAGGGAUUCGUCUCUGCUAACAAUGGGUUCACGCCGAUUCAAGCUCAUAUCCAACCUGCCGUUCCUAGUGAACUUCCUGAGGUCACUUCUACGCCAGAUGUCUCAUCGCACUUGAAGCGUCUUCUCAAUAUUGGUGCCCCAGUUACACCGCCGUCCAUUCCUACACAAGCUACCAAUUCAUCCAAGUCUAAUGCUUUACUUUCAUUGCUACGGAGUGGAUCAACUGGAACACCUAUACCCGGCCCUCAUCCUCCCCAGCAAGCCACUCAACAACCAGCGGCCACCCAUCAAAUGCCGCCCCUUUUGGAUCAGAUAUGCUCUCCAUCUCAUGCUCAAGAUCAGCAGCAUUUCAACAGACUUCUCUCUUCGCUCUCCAAUCCUUCUCCGCCGACUGCCGUUCAUCCUCCGGCACAUGCUCAACAGCCUCCUAUGGAGAAUUUAACUCACCCGCAGCGCGAUCAGACAUUCAGGGCGCCACCUCAACCUACCUUGGCACCAUACCAAAGAACUGGCGAUCCACUCUUCGCUCAACAAGCAGGCGCAGCUCAAGCUCAAGGACAGGUUGUACCUCCUGCAAGCAAGCUGCCUCCUCCAAAAUUGACGAGUCAUUCUUUGGCUUUGUUGAACGUGUUCAAAGGCAACCCCUCCGCCCCCUCCCAGACAGGAGGAGUAUCCGCGGUCGGGACACAAUCAUCAACAACAAACAAACCUCUUGCUCCUCAAGAUCAACUUCUGGCCUUGUUGAAGAGUCCCGCAGCCAGUACUCGUGCAGUGCCAGCUGUAGAGCUUGCUGCGCAACCCGUACAGCAAGCUCCAAAACAAAUUCUUCAGCGCCCAGCAUCGCUCAAUAAGACGACCGAGUUACCAGGCAGGAUCACCGUAGAGAGCAAUCAGGCAGAUGCUCUCACGUCUGCAACCGUUUCUGGGCCACUACGAACGCCAGACUUUGACAAGACCCCUACGUCGAAACGUACCCCGCGUGGUCACGGAAAUCAACAACCCCUAACCUCGCCAUCUCCCAUUACUAUUCUAUCACGACCUUCAUCUGUGAGGAGAGACGUAUCGACGUCAUCGGUACAGACUUCGACUUCAGUGCCAGCUUCUCUUGAUGGUAAAACCAAGAGCGCUGGAACACCCAAUAACUUUCAACCGCAAAUCUUGCGCCGGUCCGAGAAAUUAGAUCUUAACUCGAUCUUACCUACUCGGAAGCUGUCUGCCAAAGACCUGCCUCAGGAAUUGAGCAAUAUUUCAGUCAGACCUAAACCCGUGGUCCCUGCUGAGAAUAAGAUCAUGCAGCCGAACUAUGACCGACGUCCCAGCCAAAGUGUGGCACAGAAGGAAACGUUGCUCUCUCUAUUCGGAAAGUCUCCGUCUACAAAGGCAUCUCUAUUAGCUGCCACCAUGGAGCAUCCUGUUACAAGCAACCCUUUCAACGAUGCCACACCAUCUCCUUCACUUUCGGGUGUUGAAGCGGCUUUCCCGGCUGGCGCCAUAUCCAGCAUUGAUAGCGCAUCAGAUCACGGUUCUCGAACCUCUAGUGCAGCCCAGCGCUUGAAAUCACCAGAUAACAAAGCUUUCUUGCUAGGAUUCCUUCAAAAUGUAGCUGAAGGGAAAAGAUAG